AUGUCGGGUUUCAUACUGGCCGAGGUCGGAACACUACAACUCGAAUUUCGUUAUCUUUCGGAGCACACAGGAGAUCAUAAGUACGCCGAGGCUGUGGACAAAUGCCAGGAGUCCAUUUUCCAAGCUGCAGGGAAGCAGGGUCUGGUCCCGUAUGAACUCGCCAGCGAUAGGCCAAUGUUCACCGGUGAGUUGAUAUCGUUCGGGGCGAUGGGGGACUCAUAUUUCGAGUAUUUGUUGAAAGUGUGGCUUCAAAGUGGAAAAAGGGAGAAGAAGCAUCUUGAUUUUUGGACCAAGGCGAUGACUGAGAUAGAACGGAUGAUCUUCCGAACAGCUGGGGGGCUCACGUUUAUCGGGGAGCUCAGGGGUGGCAUGUAA